UGUAAUUAGGUAUGAUGUACAUAGAUAAUACGAAUCGUCAAACUUUUUGUACACAUUGACUAUAUAAUGUUUAUGUUUCUCAUCGAUACUAUAUAAAUUAACUCUAUGACAAGAUUUCUGUUGUCUAUAUUUAUCCAAAAUAAUCAACAAAGGAAUUGGAAAACACAGUUUACAAAAUUGUUAUGUCGUAACAUAGAAUUCUGAGAAACAAACAUUUAAGACUGCAUUGAGUGUUCAAAUUCAGGAAUAUGUCAGAUUCGGCUGGUUUUUCUUCAUUAUUCGCUCUAGUGGACAGUCACUUAUCCAAGACUAGUGUAAAGGAGAGCAAUUCAGAUGGAGUUUCAAGAAGCCCAUUCCAAAUUCCUUCUCUCAGGGAUGGGCCAAAUAGCAGUUCUUCAGAGGGUCGUUUAUUUUCACCUUUAGGUCAAAGACUACCUAUUCCAUCAUUAAGUUUGAGCGAAAGUCCAAUCACAAAUGUUUUAGCUGAACAAGUUGCUAAUAUGCUAAAAGCAAAAGAAAGAAAACAACAAGAGGAAGAAAAAAAGAGAAUGGAGGAAGAUAUGCAAAAAUUAAAACUAAACGAUGAUAGAGAUGAUUAUGUUAUAGAUUUGAUGAAGGUAUUACAAACACCAUAUGAACCUGAAUUGAAAGUAAAAGACGAGAUACUGAGUAGUAGUAGUUCCUUUGAAUCGAUAUUUGAACCUAAAUUUAUAGACAGUAAUGUCGAACCAGAACCAUUAUUACCAUGUAUAACAGAUAUGUCAUAUAUUUUGGAUGUAAAGGUCCGCAGAGGAAAAGCUUCAACAUUUGGCAAAGUCCUAUCAUCACGACUAAGACCUGUGGCAGCUCCAUACUUACGCGAGAAGAUCGAGAGCAACAUAAAAGCAUUCGAUUUUUCAACUCCUUCACCUUGUGAUGUAUUCCGAGAAAAAUUAAGAAAGCCUACAAUGUCUUGUACCUAUACUGUAAAUAUAGAGUUAUAGAC